UUUCAGUGCCGUGUCUCAGCCUCCAUAUGCUAAUGAAUAGGAGCGACGCAGGAAGCCUCCCCGGGGCCGAGAACGUCCGUUCAGAAGAUGCAUCCGGGGCAGAUAAGCAGCAGGGCCAGCAGCAACCUGGGGUAUCUGCUCAGAGGCAAGUGACAACAUAUACGGUAUAAAGUCCUCCGGGUGACCCGUCACCACUUGUCUUCUCUCCCACUAGAUGCCCCCACUCAGGGCUUCUUCUCCAUGAGCCGGCAGAUGCCAGUGGAGGAUGAUGAGACAGCAGUGGAUACAGGGCGAGGGCGCACUGUCAGGGAGGCCAUGCAGCACCCAAACCAGCAGGAUGUAGCCGGCAUCCCCAGCGAUUUCCAGUCUCUGAAGUCCGGGUAUGAAGAGCUCAGCGUCCCCCCAGAGCUGCAGAUAUCCGCAUCCACGCCGGACCCCCCUCCAUCUGGACUUUUGUGGUCAGACGACGUUCUCUGCGCUCUCUCCGGACUGUCAGACUUCACCUCGUCCGAGACGGAGAUCCUACAGAUGCUCCUCGAGACACCACCGACUGUCCCCGUUGCGUGUGUCAGGGAGUUUUUCCUGGAACUCCAGAGGCAAAUGUCGGGGAGACUGCAGCUGCGAAACGUGUCCGAGCAGCUAAAGCGCCUGAGGCGAUGUGACGUGGUGACGGCCGCGCACCGGCAGCGGGAUCUGCUUCGCUGGCUGGGGCCCGUUCUCCCAGAGGAGCUGCCAAUCAAACACAUGAAGCCUUCCCUCUGGAGCCGGUUCACAACCGCACUCAGCGUCACGACCUCCCCGGGGAGCGACUGGCGGGGUCUCGCCCGCACCUUACGGAUCCCUCAGAGCUACGUGGAACUGUGGCAGCAGCGCAGCAGCAACCCUGCAGAAAUGGUGCUAAGAGCCUGGGAGGGGAAGGCGACGGAGGCCACGGCCGGGCGGCUCUUUGACAUACUGAUGGAGAUGGGCCGCGAAGAUCUUACCGGCAUGUUGUGACGCGGAGAGGAUGCAGCGGGAGUAGCGCAGCGGCACAGACUACACCUUGUUACUAAGAGACGCACAGACCGGGCAGAUUUAUUCUGAAAACCUCAGAAGCAGAAAACGUGUAAAAAUAAAGCAGAUGGAAGAGA